AUGGAUGAAAAGAGGCUAUCUCGUCUUGCCGCAAAAACACUCUUCAAUGGACCAUCGUUUGCUGUAAAAGUGGAUGAGAAUGAUUUGAAAGGCUUUAACGCGAUAACUCCUCCGCCAAUACCACCACCCAUUCAGGAACCCGUGCCCAUAAGGCCUACUUUCUUCAGAAAUCGGCGUUUUAUUCCAACACAGCUCGUUCCCAUUCAGCCAUUCACGACAUUUCGCAACACGCGAGUCUAUUAG